AAAUUAAAGACUCAGAGUUGAGUACCCAGACCGGGAAUGUGUGUGUUAUAUAUACACACAGCGCCACUGCGCGCUGAUUGGUUCCCAGCUGGCUUCCAGCUUGACAGCAACCUAGUCUCAGCUCUGUCUCGGAGUUGUGUUUGUUACAAUUCAGGAAAGCAAAAAAUUAAAGAUCUCCUGUGGAGGAACCACACCAAUUAUAUUGUACAAUGAACCGGGACAGCUCAAGCUUUGAGACCUUUAUAGUUUCUUCUUCCAGUUUUUAUCACUUUGGUCUCAGCCUUUUUCAAAAUCCCCCGACACUCCUACAGAUUCACAGGUCAGAGAGACAACUUUUUGAGUUUCGUUUAAAAUAUAAAUUCUUCUCUUUGUGUCUUCAAUAGCUUGCUCUCAAGUGACAUUCUAUACAUUCUUGGCUUUUCAUACCUUCAACAACUGCUUGAUUCUCAUUGACAUUUACCUGGAAAAUUUGUUUCAUGUGAGGAGAAAUAACACAGGCUCUUUCAGGAUUUUUCUACAAGAACUGUAGUAAAGGCUGCUUGGAAUAACAGCAAUAUCUGAUAAGAAAAGUCAUUAUUUAGUUUGGAAAAGUUUUAUCAUAGCUUUUUUGUGACUACAUAGAGGGUUAGUUAAUUUGGGGGCUUUAAGCAUUCAAAAUUUAUGUAGGAAAAUAGCAAAAGCAAUAAUCAAUGAUCCUCUUGACCUGGUAGUUGGGCUUGUGUUGCACAAGCUGAUGGCAGAGGAGGUCCAGGUACAGGCAUAAAAUAGAGUUGGACUGCUUUAUGGGGUUUUAAAGAUUCAUUUAUUUACAUUGACUUUAUUAGGAAGGAUCAGUUAUUAAAAUGUUCACAAGCUCUUGGGUUCAGGGUUCUGUCAUGCUUCUGGAAGAUAAACUUUGGCGAAGUAUCCAAGUAAAAGAAUUAAGGAAUAUACACACGCACAAUACUCUCACACAUACUUAUAUAGAAUUCCCUUAAGACAGGGAAAUUGAAAAGCAUUUAUAUUCAUUACUACAUUUCUUAUUUAAGCAAGGAUACAGGUUUAUAGGAAACACAUUAUAGGUUAUGCAUUAUGUUCAGUAGGAAAUAGAUUGAUGGUAGAAAGUGCUUUGAUUUUCUUCUUCAGGCCUCAAACUGUUCGUCUUUAACAUAUUAUGUUUAUUUUGAAGCAGCCAUGGAUUUCUUUGUAUUUCUGGUAAACCUUAUGAGCCCCUUCGCAGAAUAAUGCUUUUCAGUGCUUAAGAUAAUAUACAUAGGAUUACAAAGGAAAACAGUUGUAUUAAAAUACCAUUAUCAAAUUUAUCAAAAAUUCAAACUGGUGAAACAUUAACAUGUGCUUCUUUAUUAACACAUUAAAUAACAAGAUUACCCAUAUGACCAAGAAUUACCACAGUUUAGAAGGUGUAAUAUUUUAAACAAUAUUAGAGAUUGAGAUAUUGACAGCUGCAACUGCAACAUGGUAUGAAUAUAGCACAGGUCCUGCCACUCACACUGUUUGUUGCCUGCAUUCACAAGUGGAGGAAAUGCUAAGGUUCACUUGGAGUAUAAAGUAAAGAUAAAGAUGGAGUUUUUGUUCAAUACAAGUUUCCAGAUGCUCUGAAUCUAUCUAUAUAGCCGAGGUUAAGAACGCCUUUCUGGAAUUUGUUUCUGUGCAGUGUAAACUCAUGGAACUGUUUUGAUGAACUUGGGCCUCUUCACAGACCAUGGAGAAAAAGCCAAAGCUAUCCAAGUCAGCUGGAACUCAAGGGAAUUAACCAUAAAUUAAAUCUUUACAUAUUUAUUAUUUUGAGGAGUUCUCAAAAAGAAGGUUUUAGUAAAUUAGAUAAUCACUUAGACUUUCACUUUAGAGGAGUGAAUCUUGAGUGGAGGAGUUAAGAGCAGACAUGAUACUAUAAUGUGUCAUAAUAAAUAAUGCUGAGUGAUUACUUAUUUACAGAUAUUAUUUUAAGAAAUCUGGAUUAUCUCUUUUAAAUUCAAGUGCUCUAUAAUUUACACUUUCUUAUACAUUUAUCGAUAAAAGGAAAAAACUGAGUAUAAGCUGCCCAAGGUCACAAGCUAGUAUGUAGAGAAGGCUGUCUCCAGAGCUUGACUGGACACUGUAAUGCCACCUGGUUGCAGAAAUAGAAUGCGGUGACAGAUACAAUGCCAGAUACAAACUGUCCACAAUUAAAUAUAUAAUCAAACCAUAAAUCUUAGACUUACAGCAGAACAAGGUUUUUUAUCACUUUGGGAUAUACAUAUUUAUAAAUCUCCAAUGUAGCGCUCAGUGAUUUUUAACCUGACUUGACCUCUUAAACGCGUAACCUUCUUAUAUUCUUAGUUCCCUCUGUGGGGUCAUCCAGCCUGCAUACCAAAGAGCUCUGCUUAGUUAACCAAACAUAAAUGGACAAAACUAAUGGAAGCUUAAACAAUAAAGAUAUGAUUUAUUUAAAACCGUAUUUAAAGCAUUUUAUAAGGGACAAUAGCGUGUACUAACUGAUUAUUUCAUAUUUUGGAAAGUCUGAAGAACAAGUAUCAGGCUUCUUUGUGGAAAGUGUAUGAUCUGUUGCCCCACUUAACGGCUGCCCGCAUUGUACGGAUGCACAAACACACGUAUCCAUAUACAGGAGCAUUUAUUAAAUCCCAUCUCCAGGAUCUACUGUCCCUUCAGGCGCCUCUCAUAGCUGCCAUAGCUCUGAGCAAGGGACAAAUAAGCGAAGGGUGGGAACUGAAUGUGGUUACCGCCCCUCCUCUUGCAGUUUUCAAACAGGUCCGUCACAUUACUAUAAAACUUGUAAGUGGCGCUGUGGAGAUCACUUCGCUGCGGGUGUGAUAGCUGUAUUUUCGCGAUGUCUGGGCGUGGUAAAGGUGGAAAGGGGUUGGGGAAGGGUGGUGCCAAGCGCCAUCGCAAAGUUCUGCGAGAUAACAUCCAGGGCAUCACUAAGCCGGCUAUCCGUCGCUUAGCCCGACGUGGUGGCGUCAAGCGUAUCUCUGGUCUUAUCUACGAGGAGACCCGCGGGGUGUUGAAAGUGUUUCUGGAGAACGUGAUCCGGGAUGCUGUUACCUACACCGAGCACGCCAAGCGCAAGACUGUCACCGCCAUGGACGUGGUCUACGCGCUCAAGCGGCAGGGCCAUAGGCAGCCUACUGCUUUCCACUGGCAUUCGGGAGAACAUUCAUCGUGAGGUUUUGUCAUGGCUCGUACUAAGCAGACCGCUCGCAAGUCCACCGGCGGCAAGGCCCCGCGCAAACAGCUGGCCACCAAGGCGGCACGGAAGAGCGCACCGGCCACGGGCGGCGUGAAGAAGCCACACCGCUACCGGCCCGGCACGGUGGCUCUGCGCGAGAUCCGCCGCUACCAGAAGUCCACGGAGCUGCUGAUCCGCAAGCUGCCGUUCCAGCGGCUGGUGCGCGAGAUCGCGCAGGACUUCAAGACCGACCUGCGCUUCCAGAGCUCGGCCGUGAUGGCGCUGCAGGAGGCGUGCGAGGCCUACCUGGUGGGGCUCUUCGAGGACACCAACCUGUGUAUCUUGGUAAUCAUGUCUGGGCGCGGCAAAGGCGGCAAGGGUCUGGGUAAGGGAGGCGCUAAGCGCCACCGCAAGGUUCUGCGCGACAACAUCCAGGGCAUCACCAAGCCAGCUAUCCGCCGCCUGGCCCGGCGUGGCGGCGUUAAGCGCAUUUCCGGCCUCAUCUACGAAGAGACCCGCGGGGUGCUGAAAGUGUUCCUGGAGAACGUGAUUCGGGACGCCGUCACCUACACCGAGCACGCCAAGCGCAAGACUGUCACCGCCAUGGACGUGGUCUAUGCGCUUAAGCGCCAGGGACGCACUCUCUACGGCUUCGGUGGCUAA